AUGGGAAAUCUACCACAAGUGCGACUCAAUCCUGCAAGGCCCUUCAAACAUAGUGGUCUAGACUAUGCUGGCCCUAUAAAUAUGAAGCAAAAUACACUCAGACGAAGCACCACAACCAAAGGGUACAUAUGCUUAUUCGUUUGCAUGUGUACCAAAGCUGUUCAUCUUGAGGUUGUUUCUAGCUUAACCACUGAUGAUUUUCUGGCUGCAUUUAAGAGGUUCACUUCUCGCCGAGGACCUUGUACUGAUUUGUACUCGGAUUGUGGCACAACAUUCAUCGGAGCGUCCAAAGAACUACAGAUUUUGUACCAUAGAUCCAAAGCUUCAUUACCUGAACAUUUGGUAGAAGGCCUCAACAACAGUGGUACCCAAUGGCAUUUUAUACCUCCUGCUUCCCCUCAUUUUGGUGGUCUAUGGGAAGCGGGUGUGAAGUCUACGAAGCAUCAUCUUCGUCGUAUUAUGAAAGACCGGACUCUCACAUACGAGGAACUUUCAACCCUAUUGUGCCAAGUCGAAAGCUGUUUAAAUUCCAGGCCUCUUUGCCCGCUCUCAACUGAUCCCUCAGACUUCAGCGUUUUGACACCGGCCCAUUUCUUAGUUGGCGAGCCUACAACUUGUAUACCAGAAGACGACUUGCUAGACUCAAACAUCAAUCGGCUAACACAUUGGAAACAGAUUGAGAAACUUAAGCAACAUUUUUGGCAACGCUGGUCCCAAGAGUAUCUUUGCCGAUUGCAGUCAAGACCAAAAUGGAAUUGCCUAAAACGAGAGGCCCAAAUCGGUGAUAUUGUACUGCUACUUCAUGAACGCAGUACCCCAGGACAUUGGCCAUUGGCUCGAGUAGAAGAAAUACAUCCUGGCUCUGACGGGCACUGUCGAGUUGUGACCUUGUAUUGCAAUGGAAAAUUCAUAAAGCGUCCAAUUGCAAAAAUUUGUUUUCUCCCAUCCAACGAUGCAUCAUCAGUCACUUUAAAUGCUUUGGAAGAAAGAAAUACUUGA